AUUGCUCAUUGUAAUACGUACAAUUGUUGCAAACUACGAGAUACAACUUACAAAUUUCAAUUUACAUAAAAUAAAAAAAUUAAUGUGCUCAUCUACUUAUACAAGUAGAAGUAUAGAAUUGUAGUUCAAUUUAUAUUAUAAUAAUAGUGUAAUCAAUUGUGUUCAUUCUUGUGAUACGUCGUGUUAACAAAGUAAUUCAGAAUGCCUGAAAAUUUCACGUGCAUUACAUGCCAGGUGGUUUUCAUUAGUGCUGAUUUACAAAGGGAGCAUUAUAAAUUAGACUGGCAUAGGUAUAACUUAAAAAGAAAAGUUGCUGGUAUCCCUCCAGUUACUCUAGAAGAGUUUGAAUUAAGAGCUAAGGAACACAGAGAACAAGCUCAGAAUGAAGCCAGUCCAGAAACAGUUCACUGUAAAUGUUGCUCUAAAACGUUUAAUACUAAAAAUGCGUUUAAUAAUCACUUAAACAGUAAAAAACACAAAUUAGCAGAACAAAAGUCUAGCAGUGAAAUGGAGCAGGGCAAAGAAAAGAAAGAGGAAGAUGAAAGUAAUUCAGAUAGUUUUGAGAAAAUUGAACCUGGAAAAUCAGUAGCAGCAGUUCACAAUAAAUUUGUUAUCAUCAAUCAAGAUGUGUUAUCCGAUGAUGAAGAUAUUGAAACUGAUUCAGAGAUUGAAGAGCUAGAUUCAGAUGAAUGGGAAGAGUGUCGGAUAAAAGGAAGUGAUUCUCUCAUAAAGCCAAAAGAUUGUUUAUUCUGUGGUCACCAUAGUAAAAACAUGAUGAAAAAUGUAAAACACAUGUCAGUAGAACAUUCAUUCUUUAUUCCAGAUGUUGAAUAUUGUACUGACAUUAAAGGGCUGCUCUUGUACCUUGGAGAAAAGAUAUCCCAGGUAUACAUGUGUUUAUGGUGCAAUGAUGCAGGGAAGACAUUCUAUUCAAUGGAAGCGGCUAGAGCACACAUGCUUGAUAAAGGACACUGCAAAAUGCUCCAUGAAGGUCUUGCUUUGGCAGAAUACUCCGACUACUAUGAUUACAGUGCAUCAUAUCCACAAGAAGAUGAGGAUAAAGACAUGGAUGUGGAUGUAGAUGAAGAAGUAGAGAAUCCUGCAAUGUUGGAAGCUGAUAACUUUCAACUGGUGCUGCCGUCAGGUGCUGUUGUUGGCCAUAGGUCAUUGUUAAGAUAUUACAAACAGCAUUUGAAUCAAAACACUCAAGUGGUCGUUAAGAAGAGUGAUCGCAAGUUGCAUCGUCUGUUGGGAGUGUAUCGUGGCUUGGGAUGGGCGCCGAAGGAGCAGGCCGCGGCUGUGAAGAAAGCGAGAGAUAUCCAUUUCAUGAAACGUGUCCAGGCGAAGUGGCAGAUGAAGAUGUCAUUGAAGAACAACAAGUUCCAGAAGCAUUACCGGGAGCAAGUCAAUUUCUAGAUGUUUCUAGAAUUGACUAGUUUAGACUUGUUUUUUCUAGUACAACGGCAAUCAAGGCUUGCAAACCGAAAAAAAAUCCUGUUAAUUAGCUAUUUUACGGUUUUUGGUUAUUAAAGUUCAUUAUAAAGGUUUGUAUAGAACGGUUUAUUCCAUAGACUUCAUCACCGAGCCAUUAGACAGAGCAAAGUUAUAAAUGUAGUGAUAAUAACUUGGCAACACGUGGUGAGCUUACGGUCUACUAUUGGGAAGUACGCUGGUCUUUUUUUUCAUGAAAGAGGAGAACAAACGAACGUACGGGGUUCGUUGAUGUUAAGUGAUCACCGCCGCCUACAUUCUCUACACAGAGGAAUCACAGGAGCGUUGCCGGCCUUUAAGAAAUCGUCUCGUUUUCACUCUCAAUUUAACUAACCAUUUAACAUUGAGGUUAAUUAACCAGUUGGUAAUAGUUACUCCUUAUUAAGACUCCGACAGAAAUAAUACAUACAAACCGGUUUAAACUAGUUAUAAUCUUUCCAUUUAAAACCGGCUCCAAGCCUUGAUUGUAACAGUAGCUAUUAAAAGCCUUCAGUGAAUGUUGUUGUUUCCAAUAUGUUUCAUUUAGUAAUUGAUUGUACCUUUUGUUAUCUUUACCAACUAGUUGUUAUGGGUAUGUACCUACCUACAAAUAGGUACCUACAAAGUAAAUUUUUUUUUCAUCACAGUCGUCCGUAAUGUGGAUCUUAUUACGACGCCUUAAGGCGCAUAAUACAAGCUAUGAAACAUG